AUGAAAGCCGGUUUUGUCCUAAGUGUUUUGAAAGAGAUGAGGGCUGGUUUUCUUUUGAGUUCUUUACUUCUAAGCCUUUUCCAUUCCUCUUUUGGAUUGAAUGAAGAUGGGUUUAAUGAAACAAAAGGGGCAAUAGAUGUUAGGGUCGGGGUGGUUUUGGCUAUGGAUUCAUUGGUUGGAAGAGUGAGUAAUAGUUGCAUAGCCUUGGCCAUUGAAGAUUUUUACAAUGAGCACCCCAACUUCGACACUAGACUCACUAUUUCUUGGAGGGAUUCAGGUGAAGAUGUUAUCAAGGCUGUUUCAGCUGGCGUAGAUCUCAUGAAACAUGAGAAGGUGCAGGCCAUCAUAGGUCCUCAAACAUCAGGUGAAGCUGAAUUCCUGGCCAACCUUGGAGACAAAUCUCAAGUCCCUGUGCUCUCCUUCUCUGCAACUUCUCCUUCUCUCUCCUCAUCCUAUACCCCGUACUUUGUUCGUGGCGCUGUCAAUGACGCGGCUCAAGCCAAACCCAUUGCUGCUCUUCUCAAAGCCUACGGAUGGAGGCAAGCUGUGGCCAUCUGCGAGGACUCUAAAUUCAAAUCAGAUUUGUUUCUAUAUUUAAGAGACGCCCUCGAAGAAAUCGGGUCUCGCCUCCAGUACAAAUCCAUCCUUCCCACCUUCGCAUCAGAGGAAUUGAUCGGUCAAGAACUGUACAAGCUUAUGACAAUGCAAACCAGGGUUUUCAUCGUUCACAUGUCAUCUCCGCUUGCCUCUCGAUUAUUCCAAAAGGCUCAAGAAAUCGGGAUGAUGAGUAAGGACAAUGCCUGGAUCAUUUCUGAUGAGCUCGCGGGUUCAUUAAGCUCCAUGGAUCCUUCAGCCAUAGCCUCAAUGCAAGGGGUCUUGGCAGUGAAGACAUACAUUCCGAAGUCCCAACGUUUGGCCAAUUUCAUAACUAGGUGGAAGCAUUUUUACAGUGCAGAAAAUACUACAAAGUUCAAGGUUCCAGAUUUAAAUGUUUUCGGACUAAGAGCUUAUGACAUGACCUGGGUUCUCGCGCUUGCGGUGCAGAAAUCUGGUACCACAGCCCUCCCUUUUCAGCAACAAAGCACAGAAGAAGAGAUUGGGAAUUUUACAGAUCUCUCAAAUUUAGGAAUUUCACCUUCAGGUCCAAGUAUCCUCAGAGCCAUCUUAGGCACCACAUUCAAGGGCUUAACCGGGGAUAUCCGUUUCAUUAAUGGAGAGCUCAAAGCUUCCACAUUUCAAGUAAUUAACAUAGUUAAAGAAGGUAUAAGAGUGAUCGGCUUCUGGUCACCUGUAUCUGGCCUAUCUCCGGUCGCUGAACGAACACAAGAGAAUAAGAAGAAGGGCUACACAGCUAACAUGGCCGAUCUCAGGCCAGUAACGUGGCCUGGGGAAACAGCAGUGGUCCCUAAGGGUUGGGUGAUCCCCACAAACAGUAAAAAGUUAAGGAUUGGGGUUCCCAUUAAGAGAAGGUAUCAGGAAUUCGUGAAGGUAGAAAGAGACCCAGCUACAGGUCGACUGCAAGUGACCGGUUUCUCCAUCGAUGUUUUUGCUGCAGUCAUGGAGGUUUUGCCCUACUCUUUGCCAUACGAGUUUCUUCCAUUUGCAGAUAGUGAAGGAAAUAGCGCAGGGAGCUACAAUGACAUGAUUAACCAGGUUGUUCAAGGGAACUAUGAUGCAGUAGUUGGUGAUGUCACUAUUUUAGUGAGCCGUUCGAAUCAAGUCGACUUUACGCCGCCAUACUCCAGUGCAGGGGUAUCGAUGAUAGUACCUCUGCAGAAGGAGAAGAGAACCAAAGCUUGGACUUUCUUGAAGCCAUUAACAUGGGAGCUCUGGGUGAUCACUACAUGUCUCUUCUUCUUCAUGGCAUUUGUGUUUUGGGUUUUGGAGCAUCGGAUUAAUGAGAAUUUUCAAGGGCCACCGAUCGAGCAACUGGGAACUGCUCUUUAUUUCUCCUUCUCAACUCUAGUCUUUGCACAGCGUGACAGAAUAAAUGGAAAUAUGACGCGCUUUGUGCUCGUCUUAUGGUUGUUUGCGGUACUUAUAUUAACAAGCAGUUACACUGCAAACUUGGCCUCCAUUCUCACAGUAGGGCAGCUGCAACCUACUGUUGUAGAUAUUGAAACUCUGAUAAAAAAUGGUGACUACAUUGGAUAUCAAAAUAACUCUUAUGUCGAAGGCCUUCUGGUGUUUCCGAAAAACUCCCUAUUACUUUCAGACAUUUCCAACGCGGUCCUAAACAUAUCAGAGGGAGGCAAGAUUGACUCCAUAGAGCGGGCAUCGUUUAGGAAAAGAAGCGUAUUGCAUAACAAUACCUCAACUGCUCUCAGUCUUGAUUGCUUUUGGGGCCUUUUUGUCAUAGUUUGGACCACUUCCAUUGGAGCCCUAAUGAUCUUUUCCAUUUCCUUUUGUCAUAAAAGAGCAACAGGUGAAACUACAAUGGCUAAUCAGAGCAAAUGGCAGAGAAUCAAGGCCAUGGCUUGGCGCUUCGAUGAGAAAGAACUCUUGUGGCAUGUGUUUCAGAGAAGAGAGAGUAGAAACCGAGAAAUGGAGCUCGAUAGAGAUGGCAGACCGAUAGCUACAGAUAGUGCUUCGAGCUUUUAUAUGGAUGGAGAAGUGCACUUUACUGAUGACAACAUCAGGUGUUGUAGCGCCUCAGACUCUGGUGAUGAUUCUCCUGCUGCCGUGCCAACCUCAACCAUGGAAGAGGGUCAUACAAAUGCCCAAGGGAUGUGUGGUCCAUUUCCAUAA